UGGCAAUCGAACAGUAGUAGUUUGCAUUGACGCGCGUUCCGCUCGCACAUAAACGCUCUCGGUACAUUUAUUAUUAUUUUUUAAAAGUUGCCAUUUGUCAUGUUUCAUUCCGGCAUAAUUCCGUACGUGUAUAAAUAGAUUAGAUUAAUGUUAAAUGAGCCGGUAAUCUGAUAAUUUGUAUAUUUAAUACCGUAUGUAUGUGUGUUUUUAUUUAGCAGUGGCGUUAUUCUUGGAAUAUCUCACGAAUUUCUUAUAUCUCAGGUGAAAAAUUGUAAACCUAAAGAUACCUACGCCUCUGGCAAAUCGCUUAAUAUCGCGCAAAGUGAGCGCGAAUCCAAAACACCAAUUCAUUCCGCUGUCAGUUUGUUAUAAUAUUGAGUGUUUCCAUAAACAGUGGUCCCGAACGCACGGCCAAAAAUAUCCCAUAGCCAUUAUACGAAGAUAUCCCGGUGUUUCUGUUGUGACGUUCCGGCAAAUGUUUGGAUCCUUUGAUCGAAAACAGACCUCUAGAACGUUUAAUCCGAUCACAUUUUUUUUGGCUGUAUUGUAUCAAUGAUCGUGUUUUAGUGUAGAUAUGACAGGUUUUUGGAAAACCUCUUUUAGGUGCCUAUGGUUCUUUGGUUGCUUGGUGUCCUGCUGUCAUGGCCAAGAUAUUUUUGAUACCGAUGGGUUUUCCAACGAUUCUCCCUUCACAAUUGAACCAAAAGUGGAAAGAAUCCGGGUGAAAGUGGGUACCCCCAUCACUCUAAAAUGUGCCCAAAACCACCAAUUGGCCAACCAUACUAUAUGGGAAUAUAAGGAAUGCAGCCUCUCAUACAAAGACAUAGCCUGCAACUUAAAAGAUCUCAUGACCACCAACCCUACCGAUAAGUUCUCGUGGAAAAAACGCAGUAACAGACACAGACUCGAAAUCCAUUCUACCAAUAAAAACCAUAGCGGCCUAUACAGAUGCGUCGAGAAAGGUUUUACUAAGAAAUCCGUAAUAAUUGAAGUAGUUGGUUCAGAAAGCUACGAGGGUCCUCCACCCUCAGUCCAAUCUUUAAUCACCUCCAACCUGACCAACCAAUUGAACAUGGAGUUCACCAUCCAGUGUAACGUUUCCAGCGUAAUUCCUCCAACGAUAAUCUGGUUCAAGAAAUGCUACGGUUCAAAAUGCGAUAUCGAGUACGAUGAGUUGUGCUACUGUCACCUGAACGUCACCACCACAUCUAACAACAUCGGGAACACUUACAUCAGCAAAAUGAACAUUUUCAAGGCCAGAGAUGUCGAUAGUGGGUUAUACGCUUGUCUAGCCGUCACAGAAUAUGGAAAAGACUAUAAAAAUGUCACUAUUAUAGUACCCGAUUCGGGAACAAAGAAGAGUGCUAACUUAUUGUUCUCUUUGUUGUUCUUGGUGCCUUUGGCGUUGGUGGUGUUGCCUCUGGUGUUGGUUUGGCUGUGUUACUUUAGAAGGAAAAAGAAGAAAGUGCCCGUUGUGGUGGUGGCAGAGAGACAGCAACAAAAGUUGUUACUUAAUGGGGCACGUCACGAUAGACACAUUUACUAGUUUUAAUUUGUAUAGAAAUCUAUGCUGUGAUAUUUUUAUUAUUUUUGUAAAAUAAAUUCUAAGAGUAUUA